AUGGAUCCGAAAGAGCGGCCAGCGAAAUUGAGAAAGUUGGAGCAUACACAAGAGACGGAAGAUACUAACAUGACUGAUCCUACCCCCACUGCUGGCCAAGUCGAAGCGCAGAACGACAAUGCACCUGGGACCCAGCCACUCAGGAAACUGGAGAAAGAACAAACAGACGUACCACAAGGAGAACCCGAAGAACCCGACGAGGCUGCGCCCAAGUUGUCCAAGAAUCAGCUUAAGAAGCAGCGCCGUUGGGAACGCUGGGAGUCUGGCCGCGAAGAUCGCAAAGUCAAGCGCAAAGAGAAAAUCAAAGCCCGGAAAGAGCGUCGCAGAGCAGAGUGGGAAGAGCAUCGCGCCGAAGGAUCAAUCUCGCAGCCUCCGCCCCUGCGAGCACCUCGCCGAGGUGACCCGCCAGGAGUACAGGUCCCGAUCACCGUCAUCUUCGACUGCAACUUCGAGGAGUACAUGCACGAUCACGAGCUAAAGAGUCUGGGGUUGCAAAUCACUCGCAGCUAUUCCGACAACCGAAAAGCCCCAUUCAGGUUCCAUCUGGGCAUCAGCAGCUGGGGUGGCAAGAUGAAAGAGAGAUUUGACGGCAUUCUAGCAAAGCAGUACACGAGCUGGAAGGGUUUCCAAUUCUGUGAAGAAGAUUUCGUCAAGACUAGUGAGAUGAGCAAGGAGUGGAUGAAGGGUCCCCAGGGAGGCAAAAUUGCGGGCGCGUUGGCCAAAGACUCCGCCGAGCACUCAACGGCCAAAGAUGAAAAGGCAGACGAAGAGGGUGAGAUCGUCUAUCUCUCAGCUGAGAGUGACAAUACGCUGGAACGCCUAAAGCCCAACAGCACAUACAUCAUCGGUGGCCUUGUCGACAAGAACAGGCAUAAAGGCUUAUGCUACAAGCGAGCGUUAGACAGCGGCAUGAAGACGGCGAAGCUUCCAAUUGGCGAAUUUUUGCAGAUGGACAGUCGAAAGGUGCUCGUCACAAAUCAUGUGCUUGAGAUCAUGCUCAAGUGGCUGGAGCACGAUGAUUGGGGCAAGGCGUUCAUUCAGGUGCUUCCGAAGCGGAAGGGUGGCGUCUUGAAGACGGAGGAAGAAAAAGGUGAAGAGGGGACAUCGGACGGAGAGGAAGAGGCGGCGGUGGAGGAAGCGGGAGAUGCUCAAUCGAUGACGGCCGCAGUUGAGGCGGUUUGCGCUGAGGGAGACAGCGACCAGGGCCCUACUUAG